GUGUGUAGCAUGCCAGUCUCUAAACACAGGGCAACAGCUUCUCCACCUCACAGCAGCAUGUCAAUACUCUAGGACUUUUUCACUACAUAUUACCUCGUGCUCUCGUACAGACACAGGUCAGAGGUUUUACAAUGGAGCUGAGAAAACUUCACCUCAAUCUAAAGACAGUGCUGCUGACGAUGAUGAUGUUCAAAUGGGGAAUCCUCUGCUCAGCUGCAUCAGACAAAUGUUUGUCUGCACCCUGCCAGAACGGAGCUUCUUGUGUGGACACCAUGGAUGAUUAUGCCUGUAUCUGUGCCAGAGAGGGGGUCAGAUACAUGGGCAAAAACUGUGAUGAACUCUACAACGCCUGCUCCUUUGACCCAUGUGAAAACUGCACCAGCAUCCCUGGCACCACAGAAUACCACUGCAUCUGUCCGGAUGGACUAACAGGCGAUAACUGCACGCAGGAGGUGGAUGAGUGUCAGAGCAACCCCUGCUCCGAACCCCGCUCACUGUGUGUGGACCAACCCAACGGAUACUUCUGCAGAUGUCCUGCUGGGUAUGGAGGACAGGACUGCAGGACACAUGUGACUGACUGCAUCGAUGAACCCUGCAGGAACAAUGGGACAUGCAUAUUACAAUCAGAGGGCUUUGAAUGUCUCUGUGCGCCAGGGUUCGAGGGGAAGACCUGUGAGGAAGAUGUGAAUGAAUGUUUAUCAGAGCCCUGUCAGAACGGAGCUAUCUGUGUGGAUGCAGUGGCAGCGUUCGUGUGUUACUGUGUGCCUGGUUUUCAGGGCUAUAACUGUGAAAUUGACAUCAAUGAGUGUGCUUCAAGACCCUGUGAGAACAACGCCACCUGCAUCAACGAGAAGGACCACUACCAGUGUGAGUGCCUGCUGGGCUUUGCAGGAGUCAACUGUGAAAAUGAAAUCAAUGAAUGUGAGUCCGGCCCCUGCCACAAUGGAGCCACCUGCCAUGACCUGAUUGGCCUGUACUCUUGUGAGUGUCCGUCCGGGUUCGACGGCACCAACUGUGAGGUUGAUGUUGAUGAGUGUGCCAGUGAGCCCUGCCAGAAUGGUGGUGUCUGCCAUGACAUGGUGAACAGCUAUGAAUGUGACUGCAGCAAUACAGGAUUUGAGGGGGCCCACUGUGAAGUGGACAUCCCUGAGUGUGCCUCAGAUCCCUGUCAGCAUGGGGCCACCUGUAUAGAGGGAGUCAAAGGAUACACCUGCCUCUGCUGGCCAGGUUAUGAAGGACCAAACUGUGAGGUCGAUGUAGAUGAGUGUGCCGAGCAGCCGUGUGAGAACAGCGGGGAGUGUUUUCAGCGUUCAGAUCCGUCUCACUGGGAGCUGGACUGGGAGCUCAGCUUUGCAGAUGCAGCUGGAUAUAUCUGCCAGUGUCAGCCGGGGUUUGCAGGAGAGAACUGCUCUGUCGACAUUGAUGAGUGUGAGUCUGAACCUUGUCAGAAUGGAGGCACUUGUGAGGAUAAGAUCAAUGGCUACACCUGCACAUGUGCUGUUGGAUUUCUUGGUGAGCUGUGUGAAGUGAACAUUGAUGAAUGUGAGAGUCAGCCAUGUCAGAAUGGUGGCUGGUGUGAAGACGGCAGAGCAUCCUACACCUGUCACUGUCCUGAAGCGGAGCCAGGUGAACUUCCUUGGGGAGGUGAUCUCUGCCAUGUAAAACUCUACGGCUGUGUGGACCACAAAUGCCAGAACGGAGCCACCUGCCAUCCAUGGCUAGAGGGUGGAGAACACGGCCACACAUGCUUGUGCCCUCAUGGCUUCUAUGAUGAGCAGUGCUCCACGAGAACGACGUUCUCCUUCUCCACCCCUGGAUUCAUUCACAUCCAGGUUGUUCUAGAGGAAAGGACCCGGAGGGAGGUCGAGCACCAUGUUCACCGUGGUCUUGGUGUACAGUUACGGUUCAGGACAACUAUACCCAAUAUGUUGCUGUUCUACAGAGGGAAUGUGGACAAUCACCUCCUCCUCGAGAUUGCAAACGGUGGUCUUCAUGCAAAAGUCUUUUCUGAGGAGUCUGAAAUGGAUGUAACAUUUCCUGGUUUUGUUAGUGAUGGAGACUGGCGAGAUGCUCAUGUGUUUGUAGAUAAUGAUGGUCUGGUUUUGAUUCUGAAAGGCCCUGGCUGUGACAAGGAUGGAUGCAGAGUUAUAGACAGUGAUGAGCCACCUUUCCAGCCCUCUGAAGCCUUCUCUAAUAUUUAUGUAGGUGGAGCACCAGAGGAGCUUUUAGAGUACUCUGUAAGUGGUGCAGGCUUCAUUGGAUGUAUGGAAGACUUGAUGAUUGAUUCUAAGCCUGUCCUGCCUCAAACACUUCCGGAGGACCAAGGCCAUGAGCUAGGAUGCAGUAAGACUGAAUGGUGUAAGCCUGACCCUUGCAAUGGACAUGGACACUGUGUGGACCUGUGGACCAGCUAUCAGUGUGACUGCUACCGUCCCUUCCACAGUGAGAGCUGCUCUGAAGAAUUCCCUUUAUGGACAUACAGCCAUGAAGACACAGUGAGUUUCAGUUCCUACGAUGUAGGUAAGAGCCAUGGGAGCAACUUCAACGUGUCCUUUUUCCUAAGGACAUUAAAGCCAGACGGGCUGCUGUUCCAGCUGAGGAGGUCCACAGAGGAAGAGGGGGAAGAGGUCUACUUCUCAGUCUACCUAGGGAUGGGGAGGGUUUUUGUCAGCUCUCUACCCAACAGUGCCCCACUGACAGCUCCAGUAUUUGUGACCACUGGUGAGAAGCAACUUCUACAAGUGGAAGUCCGACAUAGACAGGUGAUCUUUGAGCAUGCAGGCCUUCGCUAUGGAAUAGGAGAGAUCCCUGAAGUGAAUGUUAACAGUGGGGAUCAGGCUUAUGUAGGGGGACUUCCAGGAGACUUGGAAGCUGAUGUAUGGGGGGGGCAUUACAAAGGAUGCCUGCAGGACCUUCGAUUAGACUCAGUGCAUCUAGACGUGGAUGCCUGGAACGUCUCGGACGACGAGGGAGUGUAUUUACCAAGUGAUGCUGAAAACGUACAGAAGGGUUGUGCCAGUGAUGAUACCUGCAAGAUGAAGCCAUGUCAAAAUGGAGGAGAAUGCACCAUCACAUUCAACGAUUUUACGUGUUCUUGUUUGGAGGAAUAUACUGGAAAGACCUGUGAAACCCGUGUGUGGUGUGUCAGUGAUCCUUGUGUCAAUGGCGGCCAUUGUGUGGACCUUCCUGAUGGAUAUGAAUGUGUGUACAAUGCCACAUUUGAGAACAACCCUGUGCACUACAGUGCUGGAGGCUCCCUGGCUGAACCUGUCUCCAACAUAUACAUGGAGCUGCGGACUCGUUCAGAGAACGCUGUGCUCCUGAGAGCUUCCUGGGGCUCUGACCUGCUCGUGGUGGGUCUGCUGGAUGCUUCAGUCCGGGUGGAGAUCCAUAUUGGCAACAGUGUUGAGAUGCUGAUCUUUACAGGAGUUCGUCAAGUGGCGGAUGGGAGCUGGCAUCGGGUGAACAUCUCAAUGGCUGAGAGGGAACGCAAAGCCUCUCCCUGGGUCAUCACUGUGGAUGGAAUCACAGAUGCCAGCAGUGUGCCAGAGCGCACAGGAAGCCUUCACUUUCUCAAUCAGAAGGGUGCCACAUUGGCUAUCGCAGAAAGCUUUACUGGCUGCUUGGGUACAGUGAGAGUUGGAGGAGUCUACCUUCCUUUUGUGGAUGACUACAAAGCCCCUCAACCAUCUCAGUUCCAUUUAGAUGGGAAACCAAAGAUUCAUCUGGGCUGCACCAGUGCCCCUGUUUGUCAUUCAGAUCCUUGUCUAAAUGGAGCCACAUGUGAAGACCUCUUUAAUAAAUUUGGCUGUCUCUGUGACUUGGGCUGGGUGGGAGAACAGUGUGAAACAGACACUGACGACUGUGCGUCUCAGCCCUGCAUUCAUGGAAACUGUAAGGACUACUUAGCUGGUUUUGAGUGCCAUUGCAGCCCUGGAUACGCUGGAACUCUCUGUGAUGAGGAUGUUGACGAGUGCGAGCACCAUGCCUGUAAAAAUGGAGGCACCUGUCAGGACGGAAUCAACAUAUACACUUGUACGUGUCCUGAGGACUACAGAGGCCCUCUCUGCCAGUGGGACUAUCCUCCAAAACAGUGUGGUAAAGAUGUGCAGUGUGUGAAUGACGGUGUCUGCAGUGACGGGCUGUGGGGAGCUAACUGCACAUGUGUGCCAGGUUUUACAGGCAGCCGGUGUGAACAUGAGAUUGAUGAGUGUGAGUCUAACCCCUGUCGAAAUGGUGGUUCCUGUUUGGAUCGAUUCAACAUGUUUGUGUGUGAAUGUCCGCCUGGAUACAGCGGUCCAACCUGUGACUUUAACAAACAAGCCCAUAAACAGGUGGUCCCCUGGCUGGUAGUCGCCAUCCCACUGCUUUGCUUCUGUGUGCUGAUGAUAAUCAUCGGUUUGACCUUCAUGGUGCUUACGGCGAGAAAGAAGCGGCAGUCAGAGGGUGCGUACAGCCCCAGUGCUCAGGAGCUGGCUGGAGCCCGGCUUGAGAUGGACAGCAUGCUCAAAGUCCCACCAGAGGAGAGGCUCAUUUGACACAAAGCCUGAGAAAUGAAAGGCGUUACGGGAUCCGAGCACUGCGGGCAGGUGCACAGGACUCACUGUGAAACUUUGAAUCUUCUGAACGCCUGGACUGAACCGAACAGUAUGUUGUAGAAUAGAGCCCACUCCUGGUGAUGACUAGGUACUGACCCAGUGCUGCUGCUCCAUUUGUCAGUGCAUAAGACAGAAAUGUUUUAAUCAUGUAGGUGCUGUAAUGUAAUAUACGUCGUCUGUGAAAACAACCCAAAGACCUUUGCACUACAGAAACUCACUGAUAGGGAGAGGGAACAAGAAAGUACAAUAUAACUCCCCACACUGUAGUUUGUCUGAGACAGACUUCACCUGUUUUUAUAGGACAAUUUGAGGGCUUUAUUUCAAGAAUGACUGUACAGUCAAACACAUGCACACAAACUGUAGAAACUGGCUUUAGACUUGUGACGCUGCUCAAAACUGGGUCCAAGCAGCACCGAGCACAGUCGAGCCAGUACACAGGACUGUAAAGCUGCAGUUCCUCUGCAGGCAGUAGAUUUUAGUUCUAAGAAAACUCUUCCUUAAUAGGAGGUCAGCACAAUUUAUUUUUCUAGUUACUUUUAACGUGGAUCUCGCUGGUGAUUUUGCCAAAUGCUGUUCCACUUAAAAUACAAGAGGCUUAACUAAGAAUGAGUUUGUUUAAUAAAGUGCAUUUCCAUCUGCAAUCGGUGUUCAUGCACACACAAAAAAACUGCAGUGAAAGGGGUUUACUGAAUAAAUGAUGAAGAGAGAUGACUGUGACCUGCCUCAAUUAACAUAGAUGUCAUAUUUCCAUCAUGUUUUUCAUCAUUUGAGCUUUGAAUGAACCUCUUUCAACAACAUCUUCUUGUGUCCACUUCUUCUGAAGAAUUAGUUCCAGCAACUGUUUAUUUCCAUCGGUGGUAGAUAGAGAGUAGCAUUAUCAUUGUAAAAACAUGUGAACAGGAUACUACAGACUGCACAGGAACCCUGGAAACUCCCACACACAACAUUCCUGUUCAGUUUUCUCAGCAGUGAAAUUGGUGCUCAAAUAAACGACGCAACUGCACUCUCCGUUAAAAAUAAUGGCCUUGUACAUGUGUAUGGUGUAUAGUGUGGAAGCAGGAUGAGGCUCCAGCACUUUUAAAUUCCACUAAGUGACAAAAAUGACAGCCGGUGGUAAAUCCAAACUCCAAGUCCUCUCAGUGGGCAAAAUCAAGUGGAGCUGUCAAAACAACUCUUUCCUCUGCAUGGUGGUUAAUGGCACCAUGAUGAUCUGAUGACAGAGCAGUUUGGACCCAGAGCUGCACGCCUGAUCAUGAGCUGACCUGGAGCUGCAGGACGAAACUGCUCAGUGAGAUCAGUCAGGAGCCAGCAGCUGCUUUUGGUGGAGGUUGGAGGUUUUUGGACAGCUGUCACAGGCUCUCUCUUCUUGUUCAAAUCAAGAGCACUCUUGAUGGAUUAAACUGUUGGAUCAAAUUCCCAAAAUGAUUUGGAAUUAAGUAAUAAAUCACCAAAAGCAGUUGAUAUGUAGUGAACCUAAGACUUUUGGGACUGCGGGGCUUUGCUUGCUUUGCCAUCUUGUGAAUCCGGCCUCAUCUCAUAUAAGGUUUUAAUUGUACCUUGUCGUAUUAAUGACAUCAGUCUGGUCUGAUCUCGAUCAGACCAUCAAGUUGAUUUUUUCUGUUUCUCUUUCUGUACAGUUUAUAUAUUUAUGUUGUUUGAACUUUUGUUCACUACUGUUAGCCCCUCACAUGUGCACAAAGGGAGCAUCUGCUCAUGUCUCGGCUCCUUCAGUAACUACUUAGCAUUUUUUUACAAUCAGUGAUAAAUACACAGCAUUAAAGCGCUUCUGUAGAUGUGAUGUUCUCACUAUGUAGAAGAGAUUUUUAGGAUGCAAAGUUGAAGUAUUGCAACAGAACACACAAUGAAAGGAACAAAUACACCUAAUGUACAUUUGGGAGGGAAAACACGACUUAUCCUGUAACAAACAUGAUGUACAGUAUUAGUUUUAAUGAAUAUGUAAACAUUUUAAAAGGUCUUCAAAGGUCAUGCUGUCACUGUACAAAAUCCAAGAUGUUUGAUUCAUAAUGUAUUACCCUUAUAAUACAUUAUAUUUACUUUGUGCAUAAUUAUUAUUGGUUAUUAAAUUCCAAGAUAAUUUCUCAAUGAUCUGCACCCUCACAGUCCCCAUUAUUUUGGUGAGAAUUGUCAAUUAACAAAAAUUGUCGGACCCCCUACAGUACCUCUGCAGACUCCCUAGGGGUCAUGGACCCCUGGUU